UUGCUAAGGUUGCUGCUGCUGCUGCUGCUGUUGCUGCUGCUGCUGGCCAGACCCGCCCCCCCGGGACGUGUGCGGACCCCCGAGUCCUGCCCAAGGACUUCUGCUGACCUUGUGCCGCCUGGAGCACUAGUCAAGAGGCGGUGACAUCGUUUGGAGAUUUGGCCAACAUUAAGUGUCGGAACCUCCUCGGUGCUCGGUGAGGGAUGAGGCCAGCCCAAAGGGUCCCUGGGGCCUGACAGCGAGUGGACAGUGCCCCCCCCACAGCUGCCCUGUGGUUUCUUCUGUUAGUGGCCUGAGGUGAGGUCAGUGAGGCCCACGUGGGACCCUGCCCUUGACUCCACCAGCACUUAUGGGUUAUGGCGGGAAAGGUGAAGUGGGUGACGGACAUCGAGAAGUCAGUGCUUGUCAACAACUUCGAGAAGAGGGGCUGGGUGCAGGUGACUGAGAAUGAAGACUGGAACUUCUAUUGGAUGAGCGUCCAGACCAUCCGGAAUGUGUUCAGUGUGGAGACAGGCUACCGGCUCUCGGAUGACCAGAUCGUCAACCACUUCCCCAACCACUACGAGCUGACACGCAAGGACCUGAUGGUGAAGAACAUUAAACGCUACCGGAAGGAGCUGGAGAAGGAGGGGAGCCCCCUGGCAGAGAAGGACGAGAAUGGCAAAUACCUCUAUCUGGACUUCGUCCCGGUCACCUACAUGCUUCCGGCCGACUAUAACCUGUUCGUGGAGGAGUUUCGGCGGAGCCCGUCGAGCACCUGGAUAAUGAAGCCGUGCGGAAAGGCGCAGGGCAAAGGCAUCUUCCUGAUUAACAAGCUCUCGCAGAUCAAGAAGUGGUCUCGGGACAGCAAGACGUCCUCGUUCGUGUCGCAGCCCUCCAAGGAGGCCUACGUGAUCUCGCUGUACAUCAGCAACCCGCUGCUCAUCGGCGGCCGCAAGUUCGACCUGCGUCUCUACGUGCUGGUGUCUACCUACCGCCCGCUGCGCUGCUACAUGUACAAGCUGGGCUUCUGCCGCUUCUGCACCGUCAAGUACAGUCCCAGCACCAGCGAGUUGGACAACAUGUUUGUACACCUCACCAACGUGGCCAUCCAGAAGCACGGCGAGGAUUACAACCACAUCCACGGCGGCAAGUGGACUGUGAGCAACCUUCGCCUCUACCUGGAGAGCACCCGGGGCCGCGAGGUCACCAGCAAGUUGUUUGAUGAGAUCCACUGGAUCAUCGUGCAGUCGCUGAAGGCCGUGGCGCCGGUGAUGAACAACGACAAGCACUGCUUCGAGUGCUACGGCUACGAUAUCAUCAUCGAUGACAGGCUGAAGCCGUGGCUCAUUGAGGUCAACGCGUCGCCCUCGCUCACCUCCAGCACGGCCAACGACCGGAUCCUGAAGUACAACCUCAUCAACGACACGCUCAACAUCGCCGUCCCCAACGGCGAGAUCCCCGACUGCAGGGGCAGCAGGCCGCCCCCCAAGGAAGUGCUCGGCAACUACGAGAUCCUGUACGACGAGGAGCUGGCACAGGGCGACGGGGCUGAGCGGGAGCUGCGAGGCCGCCAGGCCCCCACGCUGGGGUCCCGAGGGAUCCGCUCGAGAGACUCCGGGAGAUCCGUCCUCACCUGGAAGUGAGCCCCGUGGAGCCAGACCCAGCCUGGACCCCCACCCCCUCCCCACCCCAUGUCUACACUUGGAGACGACUAUUUUGGAAUUUCCUUUUUUAUCCUAAAGGCUUUUUUUUUCCUUCCCGGAGCCUGUUGGCAAAUAAAGGCACUUCUUGGGAAGGU